GAAUCGCGAUUUGGUUGAGGUGGUUCUUGUUCAGUUUAUCAUGUGAUAUCGCUAAAAUCCUUUGAGGGAAACGCGGUUCUGUGAAAAUCGCGAAUUUUUAAUACACUGCGGGUUUUCGGAAAACUGAGUGGUACAGGAACGAGCUGUGAUCAUUGGGGUUUAAGAGGUGUUGAGAAAACUUCGCCAACAUGGGGUCCAUGUUCAGGAGCGAGGAAAUGUCCCUCGCUCAAUUGUUUAUACAACCGGAAGCAGCCUACUUUGUCAUAUCAGAACUAGGAGAAACAGGCACUGUACAAUUCAGAGACUUGAAUGAGAAUGUCAACGCGUUCCAAAAAAAAUUCGUGACUGAAGUAAGACGAUGCGACGAAAUGGAAAGGAAGCUGAGAUACAUAGAGGCCGAGGUGAACAAAGAUAAGGUCAACAUCCCAGAUGUUAGGGAAUUGCCAAGGGCUCCAAAUCCAAGAGAAAUAAUCGACCUAGAGGCCCACCUGGAGAAAACUGAAGCGGACAUCAAGGAGUUCUCCGAGUCGGCAGUCAGCCUAAAGUGCAACUUCCUAGAGCUGACGGAGCUCAAGCACGUCCUGGAGAAGACCCAGCUUUUCUUUAACGAGCAAGACGAUGUCUCAGGGGGCUUGGACAACAAGGCCCUCAUCACUGAAGAUUCGCAGACUGCUUCCGGGAGGGGUAGGUUGGGUUUUGUAGCUGGAGUUAUAAAAAGGGAGAGGGUACCUGCUUUUGAGAGGAUGCUCUGGAGGAUAUCCAGAGGAAACAUCUUCCUGAGGCAGGCAGACGUUGGUAUCGCCCUAGAGGAUCCUAUCACAGGCAACGAAAUAAACAAAACGGUUUUCGUUGCGUUCUUUCAAGGCGAGCAGCUCAAAUCAAGGAUCAAAAAGGUCUGUGCAGGUUUCCACGCUUCCAUGUACCCAUGCCCAAGCACCAUCCAAGAGAGGGACGAGAUGUUGAACGGGGUAAAGUUACGUUUGAAAGAUUUGGAAAUGGUGUUGAACCAAACCCAAGAUCAUCGCCAGAGGGUCUUGGUGAGCGUUGCCAAGGAACUGCAGAACUGGAGCAUCAUGGUCUCGAAGAUGAAGGCCAUAUACCACACCUUGAACUUCUUCAACGUUGACGUAACUAAGAAGUGCCUUAUUGGAGAGUGCUGGGUCGCCACCAAGGACAUCGGCAUCGUCCAGAAGGCACUAGUUGAUGGUUCUUCUGUCAGUGGGAGUUCGAUACCUUCUUUCAUGAACAUCAUCGAGACCAUGGAGAACCCCCCAACGUUCAACAGGACCAACAAAUUCACCAGGGGCUUCCAGAAUUUGAUUGAUGCUUAUGGGGUUUCUUCAUAUAGAGAAGUUAAUCCAGCUCUGUACACCAUCAUCACCUUCCCUUUCCUCUUCGCUAUUAUGUUUGGUGACGUGGGCCACGCCUUGGUGAUGUUCGGCUUCGCUCUGUACAUGGUGUUGGCCGAAAAGAAGCUGACAGCGAUGAAGAACAAAGGGGAGAUCGUCAACAUUUUCUUCGCUGGACGAUACAUCAUCCUCCUCAUGAGUAUAUUCUCGAUGUACACCGGUUUUAUCUACAAUGACAUAUUCUCCAAGUCCAUGAACAUCUUCGGCAGCAGAUGGAAGAACCUCUACGACCAUAAUUCAAUAGGGACUGCACAAGCCUUCGAUCUAGAUCCUGCAGAGGCGUAUAUGGGGACUCCAUACUUAUUUGGAGUCGAUCCAAUAUGGCAGAUGGCGAAGAACAAGAUAAUCUUCCUGAAUUCCUUCAAAAUGAAGCUGUCGAUCAUAUUCGGUGUGCUCCACAUGAUUUUUGGCGUCUGCAUGAGCAUACCGAAUUUUAUCAAUUUCAAGAGGAAGGCAGACAUUUUUCUACAGUUCGUUCCUCAGAUAGUAUUCCUCUGCUGCAUCUUCUUAUGGAUGGUCGUCAUGAUCUUUAUCAAAUGGAUCAAAUACGCUGCUGAUCCUGGCCUACCAACAAAGCUGGGCACGUCUUGUGCCCCAUCCGUUCUCAUCUACUUCAUCAACAUGAUGCUGCAGAAGACUCAGGAGGCUCCAGAUGCCGGACAGAGCGAGAAAAAAGCUCCAGAAGACAGAUGCGACGCUUACAUGUUCGAUUUCCAGCACACCCUUCAGGUGGGGUUGGUAGUGGUCGCCCUCAUCAUGGUUCCGAUCAUGCUGUUCGGGAAGCCGUUACACUUCAAGCUGACCCACGGUAAAAAAUCGAAGAGGAGCAGCACGCUCUCGAGGAACGGUGGGGUUCAUCCAGCACAAGACCAGAGUCUGGAGCUCAUUAAAAUCACUGACCUCAACAAAGAGAAUUCGGACACCAACGGCCAUGGUGUGGUAGACAAGGAUGGCAACCAAGAGGUAGCCUUCAGGCCUCUUCCUGCUCAGAAGAAGGAGGAGCAUGGUGAGCACGAAGAAGAGGAAUUUAGUGAAAUUAUGAUACACCAAGCUAUCCAUACUAUAGAGUACGUGCUGAGUACUGUUUCUCACACUGCUUCGUAUCUUCGUCUAUGGGCCUUGUCACUGGCUCACGCACAACUCUCUGAAGUGCUGUGGAGUAUGCUGUUUAGCAAAGCAUUCAAAAUGGAGGGUUAUAUUGGGGUUGCCGCGAUCUACAUACUUUUUGCGGCCUGGGCCUUUUUCUCAGUAGCCAUUUUGGUCCUUAUGGAAGGGCUAUCAGCGUUUCUGCACACCCUGAGGUUACAUUGGGUCGAGUUUAUGAGCAAAUUUUUCGUUGGGGAAGGACAUGCUUUCCAACCAUUCAGUUUCAAUACGUUCCUGGAGACUGAGGGAGAAGAAUAGGACGCUAUAUCAGUAUCAGUAUGAUUUUAUUUCACCACUAGAAACAGUUUUAUUUAGAGAUGUAGUUUAAAAUAUAAAUUUUCCAGUUUUAA